GCUACACGGAGGUCCGCGGGGCGAGGAGCGAAGGAGCGCGGCGGAAAAGGCGCUGCGGGACCCGGUUCAUGGCUCAGUCUGCUAAUGGCGUGGACCACGAACCAGCCAGCAAGAGGCUUCACUCCAGGGUGGAGGCCUCCUGUAUGGACCUGGCUCUGGAGGGAGAGAGGCUCUGCAAGGCCGGCGACUUCAAGGGGGGCGCCGCCUUCUUUGAGGCAGCCGUCCAGGUGGGCACCGAAGACCUGAAGACGCUCAGUGCCAUCUACAGCCAGCUGGGCAAUGCCUACUUCUACCUGAAGGAAUAUGGCAAGGCGUUGGAGUACCACCGACAUGACCUCACUCUAGCCAGAACGAUAGGGGACAAGAUCGGGGAAGGCAAAGCCAGUGGAAACCUAGGGAACACUCUCAAGGUCCUGGGGCGCUACGACGAAGCAGUGGUGUGCUGCCAGCGGCACCUGGACAUCUCCAGAGAACAAGGGGAUAAGGUAGGAGAGGCGAGGGCACUGUACAACAUCGGCAACGUGUACCACGCCAAGGGCAAGCAGCAGUCUUGGGGCUGCAGCCAGGACCCGGGGGACCUACCUCCUGAGGUCAGGGAGACGCUGGAGAAGGCCACCAUGUUCUACGAAAUGAACCUGUCCCUGGUGAAGGAGCUCGGCGACCGGGCCGCCCAGGGGAGGGCGUUCGGAAAUCUGGGGAACACCCACUACCUGCUGGGAAAUUUUGUGGAAGCCAUCAAGUUCCACCGAGAGCGAUUGUCCAUCGCCAAAGAGUUCGGCGAUCGGGCAGCGGAGCGUAGGGCUUACAGCAACCUGGGCAAUGCCCUCAUCUUCCUGGGACAGUUUGAUGCUGCCACCGAGUAUUACAGGAAGACGCUGCAGCUCUCGUACCAGCUGAAGGACCAGGUGAUGGAGGCGCAGGCCUGCUACAGCCUGGGUAACACCUACACGCUGCUGCAGCAGUACGAGCGCGCUGUCGACUACCACCUCAAACACCUCAUCAUCGCCCAGGAGCUCGCCGACAGGGUUGGGGAAGGCCGUGCGUGCUGGAGCCUGGUCAACGCUUACAUGGCCCUGGGGAAGCACCGGCAGGCUCUGCCGUACGCCCGCAAGCACCUCGAGAUCUCCAUAGAGAUUGGGGACCGCGAGGGAGAGCUCACUGCCCAGAUGAACGUGGAACAGCUGAUGGAGACUGUGGGCAUGGAGGAGGGAGAUCUUUCAUCCUGCGGGUCAGAGUUUGAGAUUCAAGGAGCGCGACCAAAGUUUGGCAAAACCAGCAGCACGGACAGCGUAGACCUGUGGAAAUGCUCUUCAGAGAAGGGACAGAACGGAAACGGUCAACAUCUGGACGACCCGUCCAGAAGGGGCAGGAACCAUGUGACCGGACCCUCCAGGAGGAGGGGUUUCGCUGACAGCCCGUCGCUCGAUGAGCGGCAGUGGGUGGACGGGAGGAACUCUCCGGUGGAUGCUCAAGACAUUGCUGUGCAGCUGCCUGCUCCCAAACUGGGCCGAGACCCGUCCGACGAGGACUGCUUCUUCGACCUCCUCAGCAAGUUCCAGAGCAGCCGCAUGGAUGACCAGAGGUGCUGCCUCGACGAGCCCCAGAACGGGGAGCGGGGCGGCGUCCCCGCACCCUCCGUGAACGACGGCGUAGACAGUUCCCUCAUGACCUCGCCGCAGACGGAGGAGCUCUUUGACCUAAUCGCCAGCUCCCAGAGCCGACGUCUCGAUGACCAGAGGGUCAGCGUCGGCAACCUGCCAGGCCUCAGGAUCACCCACAACAACCUGAACAACCUGGGCCACCUGUGUGGUGACGGUGACCCGCAGGAGCCUUCGGACGACUUCUUUAACAUGCUUAUCAAGUGCCAGUCCUCCAGGAUAAAUGACCAGCGGUGCUCCCCUCCCGACCCAGGCUCCCAUGCACCCACGGUACCAGAUGAGGACUUUUUCAGCCUGAUCCAAAGGGUGCAGGCCAAGCGCAUGGACGAGCAGCGGGUUCACCUGCCCUCGGACGAGCAGGGCGAGGCCGAACCCGAGCCGAGGGCCUCCAGCUAGAACUCGGCUCUUCCCAGGUUCCGUAGCAGCCCUGGGACCUGUUAACACCGCAACACCUUUGUGAUUGGUUCUGUGUCCAUGUACUGUGCUGGAGUGGGUGAUUGAGCAAGAGUGGGAGUGGGUGUGUGCGAGAGUGAGCGCAAUUCUUACAAGUGGCUAACAAGGAGUCUUGGUUCAAACCAUAAGUUGGGAAGUUUCGCGUUCACGUCACUCGGUACUAGUCACGCCGGAUACCUCUUCUGAUACAGAAAGAAAAGCAUCACCCUAAAGGUAUCAAAAUCAGGGAAAGCUUAAAACAUUCCUCACAGCCUCCGAGUGCGAGACACACUUAACUCGCCCUGUUUGCCUUAUUUUUUCAUACCAUUCCUUGGGUUCAUAUUUGGUUGUAAGUGCUCUUUUGUGGACUGCAUUACUGAAUAUGAAAGCUUGCUUGUAAGAUUCAGGUGCUCUGGUUGAUCGUAUUAUUCAGCAGGCAGCGGUGAACUCUGGGUUAGGGGAUUGGUUUUACUGCAUUUUCCAGCUCUUUGUCCCGCUCGGCGCUUCUCCCAGCGGGAUUCGGGUCCGUCGCAGCGGCCGCAUUGGCGCGGGGCCCCCCCCCGGUUGUGGAAACAUUUGGAUGUGCUUCGAGUGUUGGCAUACAUUCCCUGCAUAUAUUCAUGCACACGUAAAGCAUGCGGUGUUCUGUUGGAAUCUCCACGGCGGACUUGCAGAAAACAAUCUUAAUUUUUCUAAUUCCUGCUGUGAUUUUGCAGGGAGUGGUUCCUUUUGUAAGCUAGUUGAAAAACAUGCAACAGUUACUGUGAAAUUCUGUAAGUCUCUUCAGAUGUAAAUUCUACAACCGGUUGCCAUUAAAAAUCAUUUUGUUCCGUCAUCCAUAACAAAUGGAGCUACUCUCCCAAUUUUCAUACACGUUACACGCUUGUAAUGUGCGCUUUUUAUGCCAGUUCUGACGAUGGUUCGUAUGGAAAAUUGGACCCAUUUUGAAUGUACAUUUGCAAAAAAAAAUCUGCAGAACUUCGUGUUGGUGUAGAACAAUUGAAUUUGGAAAAAAAAGGUGGAAUUUUAAAAAAAAAAAAAAAAAAAAAAAAAAAAAAAAAAA